UGUGAUAUCACCGAGAGACAGAGGUUAGAAUUUCUCUCUCACAACCAUCUUGGAUAUAGAAAACUGACUCGGUGAGUCUCUGCCGCUAAUCUAACUUAAUCUAACCGUUUAUCAUCGUUUAAAAUAUUUUAAACAGGGCUCUGACGGUACAUGAGAAGUGUGUCAUACCCCUUAUGUGGAUAUUAAUCUAUAUCACUAUAUACACACAUAUUCACUGUUAUGUAGUCGAUAUCUGGUACAAAAUGGGGGAACACAACUCUGCCCACAUUCGCUAACUGGAACAGGCUAACUAGUUGAGAACAUAGAGGACACCUUUUAAAUGUUACCAAUGGUGCUACCUUUGUAAAGUGUUGGGUGGACGUUGUCGGUGAAUCAACACAUGAAAUUGGCUUGUCGGCUCUUUGUAACCGCGCACAGCCAGCUAGCUAACGUUAGUUUCAAGCUAAGUUUGUUCGCCAGAAAGUAAGCGUACCGGUAGCUAGCUAACUUUUUUGUUUGUUUGUAGACUUUUUAAAAGUUGGUACGUUUUGUUAUUAUUGCUGUUACGUUAUAUUAAACAGCGUUGUUUUCGUCCAGUUGCCACGUUGUCUCCUGAUUUGCAGCUUAACAUUAGCUAGUUAACUAAUCAUUUUAAAGUGGCUAGUUAGCGUGCUAGCUAGGGACUGGGGUGUAGCUAGCUAUGUAGCAACACGUGAAACACGCAUAACACUUGAUUUCUAAUUAAAAUUGUUAGCUAGCUAGCUACUUGGCUGCUAUCCAUUACAUUAACAUUUUAGUCAUUUAGCAGACGCUCUUAUCCAGAGCGACUUACAGUUAGUGAGUGCAUACAUUUUCAUACUGGCCCCCCGUGGGAAACGAACUCUCAACCCUAUGCUCUACCAACUGAGCUACAGGGGAACUACUGACCUCACUCACUGUCAGUAAGUAGGCUAACGUUACCAUUGGCAGUAUCAGUCAUUCAGUGAUUAAAAUGGUAUACAAGUACAGUAGUUUGUACUUAGUAUAAAUUAGAUCUAGUUGGGAGUUAUUGAUAUUUGAACACUGAGACACGUUGAAACCUGUUCCUACUACAGUACACUCAAGCCAUCGGCGCUCUGCAUUUGCCUAGUCAAUGUGAGCCAUGUAAAAAUAGCUAGUAAGUUGGCUGUUUUAAAUAUCAGUUAUUCCUGGUGAGUCAUUCCUUGAUUUCUCUUUUCAGACAAGCAUGCCUGGCGAAGCCACAGAGACGGUCCCGGUCACUGAGCAGGAGAUGCAACAGCCACAAGUUGAGACUGGUUCGUAUAGCAUUAUUAUAUCAGCAUGCUAAAAUACUAAUCAACAGGGCUAAUGGGGUCCUGGAACUCAAACACGGCAGUAGAAGUCAUAUUCCCCCAUUGGAAGUGGAAUGGUGGCUUUUAUUUGAGAGCUCUAUAUUAGUUUAACUCCUUCAGGAAAGGUAGCGCUCAUCAGUUGACACUGAGAUAAUCAAGCAGAUGACACUGACAUCUGUUGUUGACAUUCACUUGGAACUCUGUUUCCUCUGGGUCACCUGUUGAGUCCUGCUUUAGCACAUUCUCAGCAUAAAUGGAGAGGUGUGGUGUCAGGUUUAUUUAAAGGGGUGGGUGGGCUGAGCAGCUGACUAAUCAUAUAAACCAUGCCAUGUAGAUUAUAAACCUGGUGGGCUACUCUGUCUCUAUCCACAUCUUCCAGACUAGAAACCAUGUUUUUAUACUUUGAAGUGAGUAGGCCACUAGAAUUAUGUUUGACCAGGCCGGUCAUUGCCUCACUUUGCAUUAAUGUGGGAAUAACGGUGUGCUAACAAUUUUAGGGACAUCAUAGGGCAUUUCUAAAACAAUGAUGGUUGUUGUGUCCUGAAAUUCACUGCAGUUCAAAUGGGUUAACCAGGACCCCUUGUUAACUCAAAACUCACAUACUCACACCCGCCUGUUGAAUGUUACUGCACUGACAACUGGGUUGUGAAACACUUCCUAAUGCACGGGUAUUGAUGUAGUCGCCUUGUGCAUGGAACAUUUUAAAGAAACAAAACCAAUUACAUGAUCAAACUUUAAUAGCAACCUUUGGCAUAAAGGAGUGUCACUGACUAUCAUAAUGUUACAGCUGUAGGAAUUACUUUUGGUUCUGGGAAAUACUGGUCCACAUAAUUGUUUUUAUAGCAGCUUUAUAUUUUUUAUAUUCACAAUACAUUUUCAUUGACCAUGUUAAUUAGCCAUUGCUUACUGCUAUUUUAUGUAUUUUAUCUCAAAUUCUAGAUUUGACUUUGAUUUGAUGGUAAUUAAUUGAUGAGCUAACAAUUGUAGGCCUGUUAUGGCAUUGAUUUGACUAAAUGGUGAUGUCAAAGGUAAGCUGCUUCUGUGAAGUAGCUUAUGGAGCUUUAUUUUCAAGUCAUUUGAGAAACAUUGGUUUUAAUUAGUACGGAAUUAGUAUUGAGGUUGGUUUUCUUAAAGCAGUUUCAUGCUGCAACCAACCAAAUUCUGAUUAGUAUAACAAAGAUGUGUCAAUAUGCAAGUGAAGAUAAUUGGUGAAACUUUUUGGAUUUCCUCACUACCAAGCCCUGUACCAGAAGAGUUAUAAGCAGAUGAAAGUCCAUGUUUCCCCAAAGAGACUACGGGGUGGAGCUGAUGAAGACCACAGAUUGCUUUUGAAGUCCACUGGUCGUGAUGGCAGCUGAAGAAGGUGCAUGUGCUAAACAAGUGAAGACUACCGAUAUUGAUUGGAGAAGACCAUGGGUGUUCAGUACCACAGGUGCCUGUUUAAUGAAGUUGCUGAGAAACUACAGUGAAGGAUUUAUAGAUAGAGACCACAUGCUAGUGGUAACACCAAGUGUCAGCUAACUGUUUUUAGCUGAAGACCACAGGUGAAGACUUUAAGAAUUACUGUUAAUGUUAGACGGUUGGAAGAGCUGAAAAUUGUUUUUGUUCAGCAAGGAAGUCGGUGUUCCAGAAAAGUGUUGAAAAUCCUCUGGGAAUUGGGUUCAAUUGCAUGAAAUGGAUGAGAAAAUAUUUAGGUUUGCUUUUCAAUUCUAGUAAUUUGACAGUUAUUCAGGUAAGGUUAUUAAAUUGCCUCAUAUCAAACAGAAUAGCAACUUAUUAAAUCUCGAUUUACUAAUUCAAAAGUUUUCUAGUUGUUCAGUGUGCAUGAUUGUCUCUGUCGUAAGACUCUUCACUCUGAAAUAUUGUUAUUACAGUUUGUAGAUGUAUUGAAUGCUACUCUUCAGAGGGUUUCCUCACUUUCGGUCUCAAGGUUUUUCCAACUACAAUCUUGUGCAUUUAGGCACUGCAUGGUAACUGGGACAUGGGCACAAGUUUGGUUUUGUGGGUAUACACAACGUUCACCCAUUUUUGGUUCACUUAUAACAAAUAGAAAGCUGAAGUCUGCAUCCUUGCACAACCUCACAAACACCUUGGUUCAACUGAAUUGGUAGAUGUAGAUCACAAACCCAUUGCUAAAAAAUGUACUCUUAUUCAAUUGUUUCCUCUUAAUAUUUUGUCAUAUAAUCAAAACAUUUUGGACCCCACCUUCCUCAUGUUUGUAAAAGUAUCUCGUAUAGGAGAGUACAAUUAGUGUAGCUAGAUUUUCUUAAACGAGGGGUUCAAUCAUUUUGAUCAUAUGCGUUAAAAAAACGUAAGCUUAUCAACCGAUCCUCACACUAUCGCUGUGACUAUCCCCUGCUGCUCCUCCUCCUUUCCUUCCUAUCAGCUCCAGGGGUGUUGAGUUCCUCUGCUCCCCUUGGGAUCGCUGUGACCAAGGCCCCUUUGGAGAGUCCUGUGCCUCCAGAAGGCUCCACUUUUCUUCCAGAGAUCGAAUCCCAUCCAGUGUCAGGCAUGGCUUCUGGAGAGGCAGCUAGUGGACAACUUAAUGGUGUAAAAGCAACACUUGAAGUCAAUGCGCAAACUGAGGUGCCAGGAGUCACAGAGAAAGCAGUGAUCCAAGAAUCUGUCUCUCCAGUUGAGGCUGCUGCAUCUGCCUCAGAAGAAAUGCCUGUUCAAGAACCAACGGCUCUUUCUGAUGAACCUGAUGCCUCAAAUGAAGAACCAACUGUUCAAGACCCAGAAGCUGCUGCCAAAGAACCCAUUGUGCAAGCAACCGUUGUUGAAGAGUGUAAAGAAGCUGCUGAAGAACAGGUCAACCAAGCAACGGAAGAUGUAAUCAUUCAAGAUUCAGCUCAAGUUACAGAGGCUACCGUGGCAGCCACUCAAGAGACCGUGGCUGAGGAACCUGUGGCUGAAGCUGAAGAGCCCAUUGAAGUGGCUGAAGAGACUCCGGUCAAAGAACCAGUGCCUGCUGCUGAAGAGCCAAUCGCUGAUGCUGUUGACGGGCCAAUCGCAGACACUGUUGAUGGGGUGGCACGUGGAACUCCAGAAGUCACCCCCGAGCCUGCAGUCGAGACGAUCACUGAAGACUUGAAGACUGUGAGUUUGGAGCCAGCUCCUGAAGAUGGCAUACCAUGCACUGAAGUGGCCAACUCGAACCCUGGGGCCACAGAACCUGAACCUCUGCCUGCUGAUUUGACCAUAGACACUGCCACACAAAACGAAACUCCCGUUGAGAAAGAAGCAAUUGCGGCCUUCUCUGAGGCCGUCCAGACAAAGGUGACGUCAAAUCGUGCAGGCCCGACCAUCUCCACCCGGCACCUGUCAGGUGGGUCAUUUUGUGUGCAAAGUAAAAGCUGCUUUUACCCUCUUACAGCAGCUCCCUCUUCCAGAUCUUUUGUUUCUUCUAUACUUGCACACUUUUGCACCCACUGGGCCUAGAUUAGCUUUUUAAAUGGUAUGCUUUCCCCAAUUGAUCUUAUGUAUUUUAAUAUGCUUGAUGAAAAGGGCGAAUGUUGAGAGAGAAUUAAGAGUUUGUCUAUUUUCUUUUGAGGCUUGUUAUUAUCUCAAAAGGGCUCUCAAAUGUAUCUUGCGUCACUGUUUAAACUCAGUUUCACCUUGAAACAGGCCAGUCCAUUUAAGCGCUUCAUGUAAAGAGUUGACUUCAGCAACUUUUUCCUCGGCUUCAGAUGUUGACUGUCCUUUUCACUGUCGCUCUACUUUCUCUGGGCUUAUUGGUGUUUGUCCAGGAAGAAUGCACCAAGCCAACUGUGUUAAUGUGCUCUAACUGCAGUGUGUUUUCAACACUGGUAUUUGUGUCCAUUGAGGGAGCUCUAGUUCCAGUUAUUGCUAUUUGUUCAUUGCGGUACACCAUUUUAAUCCUCACUAUCCUUUCAUCAUCCUCACAUCUGCUGUGGAUUGUUUUUUAAAUGUAAUGGUAGUAUUAAACAUAGCGAAUUGGUCAAAUGUUUCAAUGAAAUAAUGAUUUAUUUGAUUUGUAUCUACUAUAGCCUAGUUGUUCCCAAAUCUAUGGGGUGCGCAAUGAUGAAAGGGGGGCAUGAGUGAAAAAGUUUGGAAAGCACUGCGAUAACUUAAUUUAUUUUUUUUUUUUGUAGAUCAAAUGUUCUUAAUGUGCUCUGUUCUGCAUAGCAUUGUUUAUAACCACUAAAGAGCCUUCGAAUUUGACCUGUCACAAAUGUAUUUUAGUGUAAAUAGUGCCAUGCUUUGUGAAUGCAUUUGCCAAGCUUUGUCUUUCUUCUGCACUGACUGGGUCCUCAAUUUUUAUCUCUGGUUAUGAAAUUAGAGUAACGAUGUAUAAAAUGUGACGUGUGGGUCUGUGCUUGGACCAAGUAGAUGUUUUAACUUCAGGUUGUUAGUGGUUUUGCCUGAAUACUUGAAAUUGAGUGUGCUGCCCUGCAACAAUUCCUUCCGUUUUGGAAAGAAGGUUGGUGUGGUGUUUUCCUAACCCUGGAGUUCUGAGGUAACAUUGCCUCCUGUGUUCCGAUCUUUUAACCCGCAUGGUUCAGGCUUUGACGUUCUUGUCUUCCAAAUUUUAAACAAACACAUUUGUUUCAUUCAGCUGCACCCUCUGCCCCUGCAAGUCUGGCUACCUCCCAGAACCCUCAGACUGCUUCUGGCCCUGCCAAGCCCAAAGGCAAAGAGGCCAAGGGUGGCUCUGCCCCAAAGGCUGUCCCUGGCAGAAGAAAACGCUCUGCGAUGUCUGCCUCCUCUGCUUCUCCUACCUCACCAAAGUCCACCACCUCCGCAUCCUGUUCCCCCCUAGCUACCUCACCUGGGGCUGCUGGAGCUCCCAGCCAGGGCAAUCGUGCUGCCCCCAAGGUUGUGAAGGCUGGCAAACAAAGAAAGGCUAAAAAAGAGUAUUUCAAGCCUGCUGCUGACCUGCCAGCCCCAGCAGAGGCUCCUGCCCCCACACAGGCCAAACCUGUUCCUAUGAAGCCUAAAGCUGCUCCUGCAGUAGUAGUGGCCACGCCAGUAACUGUUGCUCCAGAGCCUGCCUCUCCCAAGCCUGUGGCGUCCCCUGUGUCCUUCAAAGUGACCUCAAAGCCUGCUACACCAGACCCUGUGUCAUUUGCUGACGCUAUUGCCUCUAGCCCCCCUAAAGCUGCCCCUGAAAUUCCCAUGGCCAAGCCAGAGCCUCUGCCCAAAGCUGAGGUGAAAGAGGUCAAUGCAGCACCAGCUAAGCCUGCCCAGGAGGAUGACGAUGACCUUCCCCCUCUCAUUCCACCAGAGGAGCCAGUAAAGAUGCCAGUCUUCUCACCCCCUACAGUAGUAGAGACUCCUAAGCCUGCCCCAGUUGCUUCACCAGCUGCUGUUGAGCCCAUUGUGGCUACACCAGCUCCCCCUAAGCCUGCUCCAGUUAAGCCCAUUGUGGCUACACCAGCUCCCCCUAAGCCUGCUCCAGUUAAGCCCAUUGUGGCUACACCAGCUCCCCCUAAGCCUGCUCCAGUUAAGCCCAUUGUGGCUACACCAGCUCCCCCUAAGCCUGCUCCAGUUAAGCCCAUUGUGGCUACACCAGCUCCCCCUAAGCCUGUUCCAGUUGUAGCUGCACCAGCGCCUGUUGUUACUUCACCAGCUCUCGCUAAGCCAGUGCCCGUUGUAGCUGCACCAGCUUCCGUCAAGGCCUCUCCAGUUGUAGCUGCGCCAAUUCCAGUUAAACCCGUUGUGGCUUCACCAGUUCCAGUAAAGACCGUUGUGGCUUCACCAGCUCCUCCUAAACCUGCUCCGGUUGUAGCUGCACCAGCUCCCGUUGAGCCAGUUGUAGCUGCACCAGCUUCCGUCAAGGCCACUCCCGUUGUAGCUGCACCUACUCCUGUUGAGUUCUCUCCGGUUGUAGCUGCUCCCGUUGUAGCUUCGCCAGCGCCCGUUGUAGCUGCACCAGCUUCCGUCAAGGCCGCUCCCGUUGUAGCUGCACCAGCUCUCCUUAAGCCUGCUUCCUAUGCAGCCGUGGUAGCUGCACCAGCUCCCCCUAAGCCUGUUCUCGUCAAUCCUGUUGUAGCUCCCCCUAAGCCUGUUGAAGUAGCCAUUGUACCACCAGCACCUGUUUCAAAACCUGCCCCCACCUCUGCUAAAUCCCCUACAAAACCGGAGCCUGUGAUCAAGAAUGACAAGGGUAUUUCUCCUUAUUUUGUCCGUCUCCUGUGUCCCAUCUGUUUGCCCACCAGUGUUGAUUUCUGUGGCCCGUUCAAGUGUCUCUUUUCCCUUUUUAAGGUUUAAUAUAAAGAAAGUAGAGAUUGGAGUCUGUAUUAGCUUUGCCUCAAAUGUAACCUGUGAACUGGCCUGUUUCAAAGAUCACGUGUGUAUAUAUAUUCAAUAUUCAAAAGACCUCAAUUUUGACAUUGAGGUAUUAGGCCUUUGACCAAUCUCACUUUAAUCCAUUUUAAAUUCAGGCUGUAACAAGAUGUUGAAAAAGUAAUGGGGUGUGAAUACUUUCUGAAGGCACUAUUUCAUUCUGUCAACCUGUAAAAGGACAUUUGGGGGGGGGGGGGGUUCCAUGUCAUUGUGAUACAGGUUUGUGAAGUUGGGAGAUUCAUUUAAAAAUCUGUAUGAAAAGGGUGUGCAAGAUUUUACUACUCAACAGAUUCUUUCACAUUUCUAAGCAGGUCUGUUAUUUUCUACACUACAUUUUUGUUAACCUCAUCCACAUAUACCCCAUUUUUAUUCUGUUUCAGUGCCUCAAACUAAUAGGUUAGAUUCACCUACAUUCAACAUCUCAAUUUGUAUUAGUCUCUAGUGCCUCAAAUAGACUUUGCUCAGAUAAAUGCCUAUGCAAUUACAAUUAUCUUGUCUUAACCAGUUCUUCUACAGUAGCCUGUGUCUGCAGCUCAGGCCUAUGCCAGUGACCGCAUGUAUAAUGUGAAUAAUGCUUGUUUCUCUGUGGGGGCUUAUAGGGUCUGGCACUGAAUCGGACAGUGAUGACUCUGUACCAGAUCUGGAGGAACACGACUCUGCACAGACACAGCAAGCCCAGGUAAGACCACAUGGGAUUGACCAAGUGCCCAAGUAAGACUGCCUGAACAGGGGUCUGGUAGGCCACAGAAUCGAUUAAUUUAACUAGCUGCUUAUAUGUUGUAUGGGUGUGAUAGAGUAAACCCUUAUACUGCACUCACAACAUGAUUAGAAUAGAUUCUUGACUCUUCAGUGAUGAUUGAUACAGUGACUUUCGUUCUUCUGAUUCUACUGAAGCCAACCUUCCUGUCCUGAGAAGAGAAAGGGAUCAUUUCAUUUGCUUUAUUUUUACCACGCGUACCAUAUUCUUACAUAUGGGUUGAAUUUUUGGUCUCAUUCCCCAAAAAUAUACAUCUUGACUGUCAUUAAAGGAGGAUCAUUUUUUUUUUUUUUCCACAGCUUGCAGCUGCUGCAGAAAUAGAUGAAGAACCCGUUAGCAAAGCCAAACAGAGCCGUAGUGAAAAGAAGGCACGAAAGGUAACUAGUUUUAAAAACGAUCUAGACUUGUUUUCAUUAGACAUUCCAAUCUUAAAAGUAUACAUUGGAUUAUUUAAAUUACUAUGCAGUCUAUAACUGUCCAUUGUUGGAACUAGUAUUCAGUUCCACUCAAAAUAGAGCUUGACCCAUGAUUGCUUGCUUCUCUCCAGGCAAUGUCUAAGCUGGGUCUCAGGCAGGUGACUGGGGUCACCAGGGUUACCAUUCGCAAGUCUAAAAAUAUCCUGUUCGUCAUCACCAAACCAGACGUCUACAAGAGCCCUGCGUCAGACACUUACAUUGUCUUUGGUGAGGCUAAGGUAAGAUGGAUCCAGGAUAGUUUGAAUUUUGUUUUCUGAUCCCCUUUUAAAUCUGUGAUGCUGUUGGCAUUAUUCCAUCUCAUCUAAACUGCUCUUUCAGAACCAGAAUCACAUACUCUUAAGGGUAUCAGUCAAAUAUGCAGUGUAAUGUCCAUUCAACCAAGGUGUUGUGGUUCUUGCCAAAGGUUACAGCGCUGAUAUCACAGUCUGUUUCUCUGCCUUUGUGUCUCAGAUCGAGGAUCUCUCACAGCAAGCCCAGCUGGCCGCGGCAGAGAAGUUCAAGGUACAGGGAGAAGCCGUGUCGAACGUCCAGGAAAACACGCAGACGCCCACUGUACAGGAGGAAAGCGAAGAGGAAGAGGUGAGGGCCUUGAGAGGGGUAACAAAGUUAUCAUAGAAUCAGCAGCAGGUCAUUUCUCUUCAGUGAUGAUUGAUACAGUGACUUUCGUUCUUCUGAGUCUGCUGAAGCCAACCUUUCUGUCCUGAGAAGAGAAGAGCACUGUAAACUAUGAUAGGGCUUAGUUGUAUACAUGAUCUGAAACCAGAGCACUGUAAACUAUGAUAGGGCUUAGUUUAUACAUGAUCAAAAACCAGGUACCAUACUUUUUGUCCAUUUAGAUGGUAUAACUCUGUUUGCCACAAUUAAUUAGCAUUUAGUUUGUAGUAGUCUCCCAUGUUUAAUGGGGUAAUUUGUAGGUCCAAUCCAAAAGCCCCAUUCCCCUUGAUGUCAGUGAAUUGCAGUGUGAGUUUAACUGUCAGAUACUAAUGCUUUGUCUCAAUGCAUAGGUUGACGAGACCGGGGUCGAGGUGAAGGACAUUGAGCUUGUGAUGUCCCAAGCCAACGUGUCGCGAGCGAAGGCUGUACGCGCCCUUAAAAACAACAACAAUGACAUUGUCAAUGCUAUUAUGGUAAGUACAUUUUACCACACAAUUCCCUUGUCACCAGACUAUUAUCCAGCACAGGGGGUCCCUUCACUCCAAAUAUUUGUAGAUUUGAGUUGUGACCUGUCAAAGUGAUCGUAGGAUCUACUAGCAGCAGGUCAUUUCUCUUCAGUGAUGAUUGAUACAGUGACUUUCGUUCUUCUGAGUCUGCUGAAGCCAACCUUUCUGUCCUGAGAAGAGAAGGGCACUUAACUAUGACGGGGCUUAGUUUGUGCAUGUAUCAACACAUUUGUAUUCUUAUAUUCACAGGAAUUGACGAUGUAGGCUGCUGGUCGAAGGGGUUCUGAAAGGUUGCUGAUUUUAAUCUACUAUUGUUUGUACAAUUUAUACCCGAGAUGGAAAUAAAGUUGUG